AUGAGGAACAAUGCUUCCACCUCGGUCGCUCUCGUUCUGUUCUUAUUCUCUUUCGCGUUUUUGAGUCUGCCACCACGGAUUCAAUGCGCGGAUAGCACUUUUGCCCCUUCUUUUUACACUGAAGAAAUCUAUAAGGAGCUUCAAAAUCUUGCUACCCUUUUAAACAGGGACAUCAAAACAAGUUUAGGCUUCUGCAUCAAGGAUGUGAAAAAAGAUUGGGUGGAAGCAUUUGACUUUGAGGAAAAGUUGGAUUUCGUGGAUUCUUGUGUUAAGAAAAAAGGAGAUUUCAGAGAUCGAAUAUGUACUGCAACUGAAAUAAGGUACUACUUCCACGGUUUCUUGGAACAGGGGGCAUCAUCUUCCAAUUACGUAAAACCUAACAAGAAUUGCAAUUUGACCUCAUGGGUUUCUGGUUGUGAACCUGGUUGGGGUUGUAGUGCGGGCAAGAGUAUUGACCUCAAAAAGGACAUAAAGGAAAUUCCUUAUAGAACUGAUAACUGUCAACCUUGUUGUGAGGGCUUUUUUUGCCCUCAGGGAUUGACAUGCAUGAUACCUUGCCCACUAGGCUCUUAUUGUCCACUUGCAAAACUGAACAAUGAGACUGGAAUUUGUGACCCAUAUAGUUAUCAGAUACCUCAGGGAGAAACAAAUCAUACUUGUGGCAGUGCUGAUAUUUGGUCUGGCAUGGUAAACAAUAGUGAUAUCUUCUGUUCUCCGGGAUCAUACUGCCCAACUACAACACGUAAAGUCUCUUGUGAUAGUGGAUACUACUGCAGGAUGGGCUCUACUCACCAAAAUCCAUGCUCCAAGUUGAGUACCUGUAAUCCAAGCACAGCAAACCAAAAUAUGCAUGCUUAUGGCGCUUUGCUUAUUGUUGCAUUGAGUACUAUCUUGAUCAUCAUUUAUAACUGUUCUGAUCAAGUUCUAGCUACUCGAGAAAGAAGGAAGGCUAAAUCUAGGGAAGCUGCAGCAAGACAAGUAAGAGAAACUGUACAAGCUCGAGAAAGGUGGAAAAUAGCUAAAGAUAUUGCUAAGAAGGGUAAGCCGGGAUUGCAAGAGCAGUUAUCCCGCACCUUUUCUCGCAGAAAAUCAGUAAAGCAAGCGGAGCAAUCUAAGGUUUUUAGUCAAGCAAAACCUGCUAUGGGCAGUACUCUUUUGCCACCUGUGCCUCCAGGUUCUUCAAGCACAUCUCAGGAGUCAUCUGCAGCUUCAAAAGCCCCAAACAAUGAACCUAGUAACCUUACUAAAAUGUUGAAUUCCUUUGAGAAUGACCCAAAUAGCAAUGAAGGAUUCAAUCUGCAGAUUGGAGAUAAAAAUAUUAAAAAGCAGAUGCCAAAAGGCAAACAGUUGCAUACGCAAAGCCAAAUUUUAAGGUAUGCUUACGGUCAGAUUGAGAAGGAGAAAGCUCAACAAGAGAAGAACAAGAACUUGACUUUCUCGGGAGUGAUUUCAAUGGCUACUGAAGGUGAUGUUAGAACAAGGCCUGUGAUUGAGGUAGCUUUCAAAGAUUUAACUCUCACUUUGAGUGGAAAAAGAAAACAUCUACUGAGGUGUGUGACCGGUAAAAUCAUGCCUGGUCGAGUCUCAGCUGUGAUGGGUCCCUCAGGAGCUGGAAAAACUACAUUUCUUUCUGCUUUGGCGGGUAAAGCAAGAGGAUGCACUAUGACAGGUUCAAUUCUAAUCAAUGGAAAACCCGACUCCAUUCACUGUUAUCAGAAAAUUAUUGGUUUUGUGCCACAAGAUGAUAUUGUGCAUGGAAACUUGACAGUGGAGGAAAAUCUUCGUUUCAGUGCAAGAUGCAGACUGUCUGCGGACAUGCCAAAACCAGAUAAGGUUCUGAUUGUUGAAAGAGUAAUUGAGUCCUUGGGGCUCCAGGCAGUGAGAGAUUCCCUUGUUGGGACUGUAGAGAAGCGAGGUAUAUCUGGAGGGCAACGCAAACGUGUAAAUGUAGGGCUGGAGAUGGUUAUGGAGCCUUCGUUGUUAAUCUUAGAUGAGCCUACAACUGGUUUGGACAGUGCAUCUUCCACUUUACUGCUUAAAGCACUUCGUCGCGAAGCUCUUGAGGGGGUAAACAUCUGCAUGGUACUUCACCAACCAAGCUAUACCUUGUUCAAAAUGUUUGAUGACAUAAUAUUUCUAGCCAAAGGUGGCCUUACUGCAUAUCACGGUCCUGUUAAAAAAGUAGAAGAAUACUUUGCUGGUAUUGGAAUCCCUGUGCCUGAUCGAGUGAAUCCUCCAGACCAUUUCAUUGACAUUCUGGAAGGUUUAGUAAAACCAAGUUCAGGUGUGACUUAUCAACAGCUUCCUGUCAGAUGGAUGCUUCAUAAUAGUUACCCAGUACCACCAGAUAUGCUUCAUUAUAUUGAUCAAAUUGCUGCUUCAUCAUCUUCCUCAAAUAUAAAUGAUGCAACAACAAAGGGUACUGAAGAAGCUGCUGAUCGAUCCUUUGCUGGUGAGUUUUGGGAGGACAUGAAGAGUAAUGUUCAGAGCCAACGAGAUCAUAUAGAGGCAACCUUCUUAAAGACUAAGGACUUAUCUAACCGAACGACUCCUGGUGUAUCCUGGCAAUAUCGAUACUACCUUGGGCGGAUUGGUAAGCAGCAGCUGCGGGAAGCAAAAUCACAAGCAGUUGACUAUCUCCUUUUAUUAGUUGCUGGUGCUAUCUUAGGAACUCUUACUAAAGUAAAUGAUGAAACAUUUGGGUCCCUUGGGUAUACAUAUACUGUCAUUGCUGUCUCUCUACUUUGCAAGAUUGCAGCUCUCAGAUCAUUUUCUCUGGAUAAAUUACAGUACUGGAGGGAGUCUGCAUCCGGGAUCAGUAGUCUGGCUCAUUUUUUGGCCAAAGAUACAAUUGAUCUUUUCAAUACAAUCAUCAAACCUGUGGUUUAUCUGUCCAUGUUCUAUUUUUUUAGCAAUCCAAGGUCAAGCUUUGGAAGUAAUUAUGUGGUUUUGCUCUGCCUUGUGUAUUGUGUUACUGGCAUGGCUUAUGCAUUAGCAAUUUACUUUGAGCCUGCUCCAGCACAGCUGGGGUCUGUGCUUCUCCCUGUUGUUAUGACUCUCAUUGCAAACCAGAAAAGAGAUACUACCCUUAUGAAGAUCCUAGUAAAAUUGUGCUACCCAAAUUGGGCUUUGGAGGCCUUUAUCAUUGCAAAUGCAGAAAGGUACACUGGCGUGUGGCUGAUAACUCGUUGUAGUUCACUGAUGAAUAAUGGCUAUGAUGUCAGUGAUUGGCCUAUUUGUCUGAUUGUCCUCAUUUUGUAUGGUAUAAUUGCCCGAGUUGUGGCCUAUUUUUGUCUAGUGAUCACCCUAAAGAAGUGAAUUAGGAUAUGGCUAUCCUCCUAGUGUACAAAUCAAAUAGUUUCCAAUUUUCCACUAGAAUAUUUGAUGCAAGAUUCAGUCAAAUAUUUUGGAUUAGUAGUAAGUUGUCAUUACAAGCUGAGGUUUUUAGGUAAGUUCUUUUUCUACUAAUGCUUAUUUCUCUGUAAGUAAAUUUUAGUCCAUCCUCACCCUUAUU